AUGAUUUGUAAUUCACACUCAUCUUCAAAUACAAAAACACUUUCAUCUCAAAAUUAUGAACAAGAAAAAUAUACAACUGAAACAGCAAAACCUUCUCUAAUUAAUAACAUCAAUGAUAUUAACGAUGAUGAUAUUAUUACACAACCAAGUAUUCAAAAAUUAUUGGACUAUUGGUUUUUAUAUUUUUUCGGUAUUCUGAUAAUUGCAUUAAUUUUAAGAUAUUUGCGUAAAUAUAAAAAUGGCAUCAUAAAUUUCUUUACAAAUACAUCUGAUGAUAAUAAUGAUGAAGAAAAAAAUAAUACUAAUGAUUCAACAUUAUAA